AGAUAGUAUUUAGAAUCACUUAAACUUGUCAAAUAUUUUUUCUACUCUAUCAAAACACCCAACUCAAAAUCGAAACAGGCCACCAGGCCCGCCGCACCUACCAAGCACCAUCUUACCAACCCCCACCGCGCACAUCUGCAACUGUCUUCUCCUUCCAAAACUCCCACAAUGUUAAAUUACGGUUCCCCCAUAGACCCAUAUUAUCCGUCUCCAUGGCUUCUUCAUAUUUCUGCCCACCAAAACCCGCCCUCUCCAUCUCCAGGCCGGAUCGCACCUUCCUCAGAGCCACUAAUCAUGCCUUUGCCCCUCGGCUCCCCGCAUCCUGUCUUCUUCCUUCAUCCGGCCGCUUGAAGUCCAAUGCUGCGACUCCACUGAAGGUCUUCGCAAGAUCAGCAGUUCCUUUGAUGGACUCGUCUCUGAGUAAAGCUUCUUCUUCUUCUUCCGUCCCUACGGUUGUUGAGGUGGAUGUCGGCGGUGACCGUAGCUACCCGAUUUACAUAGGUUCUGGACUUCUCGAUCAACCUGAGCUUCUCCAGAGGCAUAUUCACGGAAAGAGAGUUCUUAUAGUGACCAAUACUACAGUCGCUGCUUUAUAUUUGGACAAAACUAUAAGUGUUUUAACAUGUGGAAAUCCCAAUGUCAGUGUUGAAAGUGUGAUCUUGCCAGAUGGAGAACAAUUUAAGAACAUAGAUACUCUCAUGAAAGUUUUUGAUAAAGCUAUUGAAUCGCGAUUGGAUCGACGGAGUACAUUUGUCGCUCUCGGUGGUGGAGUUAUUGGUGACAUGUGUGGAUAUGCUGCUGCUUCUUAUCUUCGCGGAGUUAAUUUCAUUCAGAUUCCUACAACUGUUAUGGCGCAGGUAGACUCUUCAAUUGGGGGCAAAACGGGAAUUAACCACCCGCUUGGUAAAAACCUGAUUGGUGCCUUCUAUCAACCUCAAUGUGUGCUUAUAGACACAAAUACUCUGAAUACACUGCCAGACAGAGAACUAGCUUCUGGCCUUGCAGAAGUUAUUAAAUAUGGACUUAUCAGAGAUGCAGACUUUUUUGAAUGGCAAGAGAAGAAUAUGCCAGCAUUGUUAGCAAGGGACCCUAAUGUAUUCGCUUAUGCUAUCAAGCGCUCCUGCGAAAACAAGGCUGAGGUGGUGUCAUUGGAUGAGAAAGAGAGUGGAUUGAGGGCUACAUUGAACUUAGGCCACACCUUUGGCCAUGCUAUAGAGACUGGUGUUGGCUAUGGCCAGUGGCUGCAUGGUGAAGCUGUAGCUGCCGGAACGGUUAUGGCUGUUGACAUGUCACGUCGCCUUGGGUGGAUUGAUGAUUCAAUCGUACAACGGGUGGGUCAUAUUCUUCAACAGGCAAAGCUACCAACUGCGCCUCCAAAAACCAUGACGGUAGAGAAGUUCCAGUCCAUCAUGGCUGUUGAUAAGAAAGUGGCCGAUGGGGAGCUAAGAUUGAUCCUUUUGAAAGGUCCCCUUGGCAAUUGUGUAUUCACCGGUGACUACUGCAAGAAGACUUUAGACGAUACGCUCCAUGCAUUUUGCAAAUCAUAGUAUGUCUCAUGGCAGUAAGAGAACACAUUUCUCCAAUGAAUUUUAAUAAUGUCAGGAUCUCCUCUUCAUGAGUUGGUGGACUAAUUUCAAGAAAAUGAUUAUGACACUCUUUUUUUCUAUAUUGUAUAUUUAAGAGUGAUUUUGACACAUUUGUCUGUUCAUAUGCUCUUAGAGAUUUUUCUGUUCAGACAUGAAUGAAUUCAGUUGCAGGACAAACUCGUCAUGUUGGUGUUGUAUUAUUUCUGUUGUAAAAUUAGAAGUCGACGCAAUCAAUAAAAAAACAUUUAUCCUUGUGUUAGUUGUUCAUUCUUACCAAAACUUCAAUAAUGCACAUAAAUUGCAGCUAGAGUCACCGGUGUACUACCCAGCGGAGUUAACUUUGCUGGAUUAUUACUGUGUUAGAGUUUUACUAUUAAUGUUUACUGCUGCUGUGAUAUUAGUCGUAAGUCGCAAGGUUCACACUAAAACCAAGCAUCCAUCCCUGGUUCAAACGUGUCUCAACAUUACUGUCUCCACCGAACAUACCUGACUCCGGUUUUAAGAGUCCAUGAAGAGGGAUCGUGGAAUUGUGCAUGGCACAUAGAGGUAUUGUUUGCGAUGGAAACGAAUCUUUUGCUUGUUCUUAAUGGGCAAACCAUUUAUGGGUGAUAAUUGUUUUGGUUGGGGUGUCUCUAAUAUUGUCCAUUUUCUUGCUCACUGUAAGCUUUAGCCUUAAU